UUGCAAGAUGGCGUCCACGAAACCCGGGAGCAUUGAACAAGACCAAGAAGAGCAGGCUUUGCAGGAACUGAGACACAGUUUAUUGAGUAUGGAAAAUCUGGAUCGAACAUCUCCAGAGUUAUGGCCUGAGAAAAUUCCAGGAGUGACAGACUUUAUCAACAGUUUCCAUACACCACAGAGCACAACAAAGUUACCAUAUUCUAGGGAGCUGAGCCAAGAGGAUCAGAAUUAUUUGCACCAAUUGGCAUCUCUAUCCACAGCAGGUCUCAUUUCCAAAGUAAAAGAACUACAUGACAUUGCAUACCAAUUAGGUGUGGAAGAGUCAAAGGAAGUGACUAGGGGGAAAUAUUUAAAUUUAUUUAAUAAAAAGAGAAACAAAUGAUGUAAUCGUUAACUGUGAUAUCUAUUAUUUAAGUUUAAAACUGCACUCCAGUAUACUGGUAUAUUGUAUCAAUAUAUCUCAUAUAUUAUUAUUA